ACCACACCGAUUGAAUGGCUCCAACUUCUCCAGAUAGGAUCGCACUGAAGUAGCGGAUUAAAUCCGAUCGUCCGCCCGUUAGCCCGGCAGGGAUUUGUCCGCGGGAUUGCCUUGGGAUUGGACACUACCGGGAGCUGAGGAUCAAAUGCCAGCGCUGGAAUUUCACCUGCCAGGCGGCACUGGACAGCAGGAUCGGCCAGCCGUGACCGGCGCCUUGCUCACCACGUUGGAGCACACAGUUUGCAUUGAGUGCGCUAGCAACUCAAGUUGCUCAGGACAGAUAUGAGUAAUUCUUACGUGACUCUAACUGAAGUUCUGGAAGCAAGAGGAGGCCCUAUUGAAGAAAAUGAAAUCUGGGCCUUAUUAUUACAAGCCUCAGAGGUCCUGCAGCAGAAUGCAUUGGAAGGUGUUCCCUUCAGUUACAUUAUCUGCCCCUGGUCAGUGCUACUGUCAGUGAGUGGUGAAUUGUCAUUCAGAAGCAAUGCCUCAGGUGGGGACAUCUGCACCUUUACUGCCCCAGAAAUACUCCAGGGGAGAAGCUUGAGCUCACAGCUUGCAAUAGAAAAGAUGCACGUGUACUCACUGGGGAUGACCUUGUAUUGGGCAGCGGAUUACCAGCUUCCAGACACAGAGCCAAUCCAGCUUAGUGACCAACUGAACCAACUCCUUCUGAGUAUGUGUGAGGACCUUCCACACAGGAGAGUAUCCUUGGAGACCAUUUUACACAUCGGUGAGGCACAUCAGCAAAACUCAGGAGUGUCCCCAAGAAGCAUGUACCUAAGAAAACUUGUUCAGCUGGUAGUGAGAAACACAGCAGAGAGAGACGAGGGAGAGCAGAGGGACAACACUGUGAUUCAGCACGAUCGGAGCUCGGUGAUAAGGGAGAGGUUGCAUCGCAAAACUUUACCCGAGAUGCCUGUUGUGACUCGCAGAACCAGCAACCGCAUAGUGGAGAACAGAUUUCCUCAGAGGACAGAGGCAGGCAUUGACCUGUGGCUGUCGAGCAGGUCCCUCAUUCAACCGACCUCCUUCCACUCAGGGCUCAUUGCAAGGAGCUUCAGCCAAGACCAUGUUCCUCAGAACACCAGUGCUAAGUCUUCCACCACAGUUCCAGAUUCCAAUGGUGUGUCCAAACCCCUCAUGGGAAUUUCUUCUUACAUCUCGAGAUCUAAGGAGUUUCUCAGUGGCAGACCACAGCAGGCAGUUCUGGGAAACAAAGGGGUCCACAGUUCUUCUGAAGCUUGCAUCACUUCAGCAUUGGAUGCCUAUGGAAGAGUCAAAGACAGGGAAGGCCGAUGGGAGAGACAGGAACAUGCAAUCCCGGUGGAGGGGAGUUGGCAUCAGCAGGAAGAGUGGAGAACAGAAAACAGGAGUUCAAUAGCAAGCCAUUACCGACCCCUCACCGACAGGUCCUUAAGUACAUUAAGUACCAACUCCAGCGGGAUCCAGUUGGAGAGUGAACGGGACUACUUACUGAGUGGAGGCUCAUAUUACCAGGCUGCAUUCCCGAACAAGGAAAAGAGCUCACCGCAGAGAGCUGCGUCAGUGCCCUGUUUGUUGCACCAAAGGGGAAAGCGAUAUUUGGGACCAGAGUUCAUUCGGAUGGCCGGGGACCCCGCGAUGCCAUUGGACCUGCCUGGCUCCAUUGUGAGCAAGAAAGGGAAGGUGCAUUUGUCUCAGCGAGAGCUUACUGUUAUCAUGCCAAAUGGACAAUGUUUACAAGUCAAAUGUGAUGUGAAGUCAAGGAGCAGUGACGUAUUUGACAUGGUUGUUGCUUAUACCAACCUUGUGGAGCAUUUCUACUUUGGCCUUGCUUACUUGAAAGAGAAGGAAUUUUUCUUUCUUGACCCUUUUAUCAAGCUACACAAGGUAGCACCAAAUGGUUGGAAGGAUCAACCCAGGAGAAAAACAGCAAUUGUCAACUUUAUAUUAUUCCUAAGGAUCAAGUACUUUGUCGAGAACUUCAGUAUAAUUCAGCACAGGCUGACCAGACAUCAGUAUUAUCUGCAACUGAGGAAAGACAUUCUGGAAGAGCGUUUGUACUGCGGCGAUGAGACAGCCCUGUUGUUGGGCUCGCUGGCUCUCCAAGCAGAGUUUGGAGAGUACAUUCCAGAGGUGCAUGGCAAGAACUAUUACCGAGUAGAGCACUACGUUCCUCCAAGUGUGUUGGAAAAGAUGGCUUUGACUUGUGUAAAAGAGGAACUACCACGGCUUCACUCCACUUACUUUGACCUGUCUGAAGAAGAGGCUGAGAUGGAGUAUCUGAAGGUCACUCAGCAGCUCCCAGAGUACGGCGUCCUCUUCCACCGAGUGGCACGGGAGAAGAAAGUUGCGGGAGAAGACAUAGUGCUGGGGAUCUGUGCCAAAGGGAUCAUUGUUUAUGAAGUGAAGAACAACACGAGAAUUGCCAGCUUACGGUUCCAGUGGCGGGAAAUGGAGCGUAUCACCUUCAGUAGAAAGAAGUUUAUGGUUCAAAGCAGUUCAGAUGGGAAGAAGCACAUCUUCAUCACGGAAAACAGCAAGACCUGCAAGUAUCUAAUUGAGCUGUGCUCAGCUCAGCACAGGUUCCAGAUACAGAUGAACUCUCGCCAGCUCAGCCAAGCUGCCUUUGAAAAUGAGGAACACGUUUUUACAUCUGUGCUUUCCAAUGAGACAAAAUAUGCCCAGCGAAGACAUUUUGAGGAGAUGCGCAACAUUUCCCGAUCAGAAACCAUUCUGAGUCGCCCUAACAUGGACACUAUAUCUCUUGGGGCGCUAAGCAAAUCCUGUGACAAUCUCAUGGCAGACAUGGCUGCUUCAGGCACCAGUCACGUGUGGAGCACAAAGGGUGCCGUAUCUUACUCUGAAAUUCUCCCCGCCUGGAAGGAAAGGAUAAGACAUUUAGGUUUGCAGAGCACAACCUCUGGCCAGAGCGGUGCAGUUGACCAACUGAAGGGCAAAAUGGACAACGAGCUGACUAUUCCUGAGCGGGAGAUCAUUUUUGUAAAUCUGAAGAAAGAUCCCAAAUUUGGUUUUGGUUUUAUGGUCAUUGGGGGAGAGAGAACUGGAAAAUUAGACCUGGGGAUCUUUAUCACCGCCAUCACUCCAGGAGGACCAGCAGACAAGGACGGGCGUAUUAAAGAGGGAGGCCGCCUGAUUUCGGUGAACAAUGAGAGCCUAGAGGGUGUCACACUCCGAACUGCCGUAGAGGUGCUUCAGAAUUCCCCUGACGAAGUGGCAUUGAUCAUAUCUCAACCAAAAGGCUUGUCUGAAUCUGCACGUCAGGAUAUGGCAACGUCACAGAGCAAGGUGAACGGCCCAGAGAGCUCACAGGACUGCUGCCUCCCCAACUCACCUGUAACAGGCCGGCAUGGGAUAUCUGCAUCGGAAGUGAUUCCAGAGACCAGCAGCCCAUCUGUCCAGCUCCACGGGAUGGAAAUGACGGCUGGUGGUCAGAUGUCCUCAACGCAACAGGACCUGAAACCAGGAGACAGGUACAGCGUGGAACUGGCUAAAAUAGAAGGAAGCCUUGGAGUUAGUGUCACAGGAGGUGUGAAUACCAGCGUGAAGCAAGGUGGGAUCUAUGUGAAAGCGAUCAUACCUGGAGGAGCAGCAGAUCUGGAUGGCCACAUCAGGAAAGGUGAUCGUCUGCAGGAGGUGGAUGGAUUCAGUUUGCAAGGCAUCACACAUAAGCAAGCUAUUGAGCGUCUGAAGAACACAGGACAGGUGGUGCGGCUUGUUCUUGAGAGAGGACAUCAGGUGACAGCUGGAAGUCCUGGGAAUGGAAACCGACAGGGGCCCAUUCUCACCGAUAGUCGACAAUGGAAACAAGAUGAAUAUCCUGAUGAUUCCAUGGCAACCACCUCUGCUGUCGCACCCAAGGACUACAGCUUCAUGACAGAUGAUAACACGUUUGAGGUGAAGAUGAAGAAAAAUUCUGGCGGUUUGGGAUUCAGUUUCCUACAGAUGUACACAGCAGCAGACGACCCAAGAGGAAGCUUGGUGAGAAUAAAGAGAUUGUUUCCAGGGCAACCAGCAGGGGAGACCGGUCAGAUUGAAGUUGGGGAUGUCAUCCUGGGUGUCAAUGGAGCAACAGUCAAGGGGCUGUCGUAUCAGGAGGUGCUUCAUCUCCUACGAGGAGCUCCCCCUGAAGUCACGAUGAGGAUGUGCAGACCACCACCAGGAGUCCUGCCUGAAAUAGACCCGCAAAUCCUGACUCCGAUUUCAUCGCCUGUGAAAGAAUUGUCUGUUUUGAAGUUUCCCGACCCACAGCUGGAAGAGUUGCUGCAGGAGGGAAGGCUCCACCGGGGAGCAGAGGUUGGAGAAAGGCCCCAGGGUCUCCCCCAGUCCUAUGAUUCCAGUGAUCAUGAGUGCAGAGAGGACACAGUCGAGGAGGCCAUUGAACAGGAACAGCAUUUCCAAGAUAUUCCACUUGACACAACAAACUUGGACUUAGUUACUGCUCUGGCUGAAGACCUGAGGCAGAACUGUUACUCAUCCUGUGACUUACCCGUUGCAUUGCCAGGAACAGAAAGCUUUCGAUGCAGUGUGACUGGUGAAAGGGAUCCCAGGUUGCCAGUCUAUUUCUACAAGCCUGAAGUAUCAUCACCUACACCAGUGGAUGAAGAGUAUCUGACCAUAAGUUCGACCUCAGCCUCCUCAUUGUGUGAAAGUCCAGUCAGUCAAUCACCCAAUGCCUCUAAUCCAAAACCUUGUGUCUUGGUGUCUUCCACUGAGACUUCAGGAGCAGCAGAGAAAGACAUGAGUGAUAAAACAGAGUGGGAAGACGUCGAAGAGUUAGAUUCUGAAGCGGAAGCAGGAGUCUGCACCACCGGCUCAGGGAGUGCAGUUGGACGGAGGGAACACGUGCAGCCCAUAAUACGGGAAUAUGAGAUGUACGUAACCUUGAAGAAAAAUAAGAAGGGAAGCUUGGGCUUCACCAUGGUGCGCAGUAAACUGGACAACUGCUAUUACAUCCGGGAUGUGCUGGACAACCCCGCCAAGGCUGACGGCAGACUCAGAGCGGGAGACAGGCUCAUUACGGUAAACGGCUUUGAUGUCACAAACAUCUCACAUGAGAAUGCCAUUAACUUGCUACGGGCUGCUCCCAUCAAGCUCACCCUGAUGGUAGGCCGAGCGGCCCAGAAUCUACUUCCAGCUCCACCCUUGGAAAAGAUCCCUGACAUCAUCCUGCAGAGAGGCCCAAAUGGACAGUUAGGUUUGAAAUUAACAGGGGGAAUAGGCAGUAAAUGGCAAGGUAUCUAUGUGCUGGAGGUUGUGCCAAAUUCACCCGCCAGCUUGGAAGGCAGCCUGCAACCAAGGGACAAGAUCCUUUACAUCUGUGACACCUGUACCAUGGGCAUGACUUUGGACGAUGCAGUGAGAGCUUGUGACACUCCAAAUGGCCAAAUAACCAUCAAGGCCAUGAGGGAUGGGAAGCCAGUGAUAACGGAAGUGUACACGACCGCAAAAACUGUUAGUCUGAAUCCCUUGGCAAUAGAGGAGGACAAGCAGAGGAAUGUGAAGGAUACCACCACUGGAUUUGGUGAGUUUAAACUGACAUCAAAAGAAGGACGAAGCCAGCUUGAACAGGAGAAGUUACAGGCUCUGGAUGGAAAGCAUUCCGAGGAUUAUGCACCAUCCCAAAAUAACUCCACUCUGCCUGCAGAAUCUGAGCAGAGUUCUAUAAUCCACAUUGAAUUGGAAAAACCAUCAAGUGGCGGUUUGGGCUUUGCAUUAGUGGGUGGUGACUAUGGAACCGCUGUGCUGGUGAAGGCGAUUAGCCCGGACAGCGCGGCAGGUCUGGAUGGGAGAAUCAAAGUCUGUGACCGGCUUUUACAGGUAAAUGGGGAGGAUUUGUCUGGUCUGAGCCACAGUGAAGUUGUUGAAAUUCUGCGUAGAGCCCAAGGAUCAGUGAUGCUGACCAUCAGCAGAAAGCCACCCGUGCACGUGGACAGUACCCAAUGGACCACGAAAACUCGUUCCAAAAAUAAACUAUAUCCUGAGAUACAAUUCCAACAGAGAAAUGCACAAGGGCUUGAUGAUGAGUCCCCAAGAGGAGGCCCUGGAGAUUCCUGUGAGGAUGUCAGGAAUAAUGGUGUCCGUCUGACAGAAGAACAGAAUGGGAAGGACAACUUCCAACACAGUGAUGACUGCGCAGCAAACUGCAACAGAAGGCAUUCAGGAGGAAAGUCUUGUGUUAGUGAGUAUGAGGAUCAGGGCGGUGGUGAAGAGCAGAGCUGUGAUUCAGACUGGGGGAGUAGUGAUGAGGAGCUGCCUUGCUCCUCUUGCAGAGCGCCUGCACCCCCUACAGGCAAACCCAUCAUGUCUGAGAUCAAGCUGAUGAGUUUGUCCUUGUGGAAAGGGCCAGUGGGCAGCAGGUACUCAGGAGAGAGGCUGGAGACACUCAUCUCAAACCUUCACCAGCAGCUCAAACUGCAGCAGCCUCUAAAAGAGUUCAUGGCACUUGAACAUUUGCAACCUGUUGAUGACUGUACAGUGGGAAAAGCUCCAGAAAACAGGGAAAAGAACAGAUACAGAGACAUCUUACCCUAUGAUAAAACCCGUGUUCACAUCGGAGACCAUGGCUACAUCAACGCAAGUUACAUUAGGAUGCCAAUCGACACAGAGGAGUAUUUCUACAUUGCUUGCCAAGGACCCCUGCCUGGCACCACUGGUGACUUCUGGCAAAUGAUCUGGGAAAACAAGGCUGAUGUCAUUGCCAUGAUGACACGUCAACACGAGCGUGGAAAGGUCAAGUGUCACGGGUACUGGCCUGACAAAAUGUAUAAACCAAUGAAAGUCAACAGGUACCUCCUUGUCUUGGAAAAUCACCAGGUGUUGGAAUCUUUUGAAAUAAACACCAUAAAGAUGGCAGAGAUCGAGACGGGAGAAGUACACUAUGUCAAGCAUCUGAAAUUUAUUAGCUGGCCUGACCACGGUGUCCCAAGCUCAUCGGAGCAGCUUGUGAGCUUUAUUCUGUACAUGAGUGAUGUCCACCACAGAGGACCAUUGGUCGUACACUGCAGUGCUGGCAUCGGGAGAAGUGGUGUCCUGAUCUGUACCCAUGUACUGCUGACCUUGAUUAACAAGGAACUCAAUUUUGACAUUAUGGAUGUAGUGAGGGAAAUGAGAAGCCAACGGCAUGGUAUGAUCCAGACCAAGGAUCAGUAUUUAUUCUGCUACAACAUUGUAUUGGAAAUUUUAAUGAGCAUUCAGCAGCCGAACCAUCAAGAGGAGGACCUGUUGUGACAAUAAUGCAUUGCAGCUGGGAUCAUAGUCUAUCGCAUGGUUCCUUGUAAGCAACCAAUUAAAACUCUACUCAGUUGCAAGUGGAUCAAGAAAAAUGGUGCAAAGCCAAAGCAAUGACAAAAAAGUAACUGUGCAUUGUACUCUUGCUCAUUAUAGCUAAAGGAACGACUGAAUCUGUUCAUAGUAUAUGUAACUCUUGUGAGCACGCACGAUUUAUGUAGUUUUCUAACUGGUGUUUUUUUGAAAUGUUAAAUGCCACAAAUUUAUUCAACCAAGCUAAACAAAGUUGUUGUGUACUUUGAAAUACCCAUGAGUCCCCCAGUGAUCUUGGUCCUGGGAACUUUUUUUUAACUACUCUUAAUUGUAAUGGACCAAAACUAUGCUACAGUACAAGUGUUUGGAAGAUCAAUUGGUAGAUGUUACCCAUUGAAUGAAAGCUACAGGAGUUUCUCCCAGUGAUUGAAAAAUUAGUUAAAUAUGAAUUACAUGCAUAAAAUCAUCUGAGUCACUUCCUGAAGUGUGGACAACCAGGUCUGACUGACAAUUUCCUUACAUUAUACACAGCUUAAAUAUAAUAGUAGCCAUACCAAUAUGACUCAGGCAACACCAAAUCAUAACAGAAAGGUAGUCAUAAACUUUAGAGAUUUUUCGUGCCCAACUGCAGGUAUUGAGUUAAAUACAGUAGGGCAGAGGGAUAUUUCUGGAAUAAUUCUAAGUACAAAUUUUUUCUCCAAAUGUUUAGAUUUAAUGCAAUAGUUUGCAACCAGUUUUAAAUUGCUUAAAUUUUGUGAUUUACGUCAGGUUUAUUUGAUAAAUUGAGUGGUUACUUGAUUAAGGAUUCUGCACAAUCUGUUUUAAUGGAUGAACAAAAAAGUUUGUAUUAUGGUUGUUAUCAAAGAUAGAGUCACAGAGGCACAGACACAGACUGUUUGGCGCACCAUGUCCAUGCUGACCACGAAGCACAUAUAUUCAUCCCAUUUACAAGCACUUAGUCCAUAACCUUCUGGUCUUGGCACUUCAAGUGCUCACCCUGAUACUUAUUAAGCAUGAGAGUAUCUGCCUCCACCACCACCUCAGAAAGUGCAUUCUAGAUUGCAACCACUAUCUGGGUGAAAAAAACUCCUCAGAUUCUCUUUAAUGCUCUUACUCCUCACCUGAAACUGAUACCCUUUAGUUUCAGAUGUCUCCAUUAUGGGGAAAAGUUUAUCACUCCCCACCCUAUCUAUACCCCGCAGAACUUUGUGUUUCUGAAUCAGGUUUUCCCCCACUCCCCUCAGCCUGCUUUACUCCAAGGGAAACAAACCCAGCCUGUCCGCUCUCUCCUCAUAACUGAAAUAGUCCAUCCCAGGCAACGUCUUGGUAAAUCUACCCUUCACUCUCUCCAAUGCAUUCAUGUCGAUAGUCCGUGAACACUUGCUGAGUCUAAUGUUAUUAGUCCAGAUCAGUAGAACACUUUCAUCAUUAAAAUAGCUCAAAGCUUAAUUCUCUUUAGUCAACUCAAGCAGGUAAAAAUCCUGAGUGGAAAGUCAUUGCUCAACACGGCAAUUCCGACGUACAAGAUCCACAGCAGGUAAGGAUGAGCUGGAACCUGCCACACACAUUACAAUCCUUAUUUAUCACUACCCUUACCCCUCUGAAGGCCUCCUAUAAUCCAGUAGAAGGGGCAUAUGCACAAAGGCAGAAAGAAAGGGGAAUAAAUUGGAGAAAACUACCACUGAGGGAAUAAAUACUCUGGAAAGUUACCCUUGGUCAAUGUCAACAAUCAAAACUAGUCCAAGACGUCUCAUGGAAAGGUUCUAUUAAUAAGUAUACUUUUACCAGAUAGGAACUCAGUCGAGAAUGGUCCAGCUCCCCCUUGAAAGCAGAGUCAACACUGACCACACUAGAUGACAACACAUUCCAGAGAUUUCCUGUUCUACUGGGAGAAAAGAAAUCUUUUGUUGAGUGAUUCUCAUCUUUUCAAAGCUGUUUAUGUCCCCUUUGUGCAGAAGGAAGCCAAAACUUACUUGUACCUUUCAUCCCCACACCUCCCCAAUCCCUUCUGACCUAUCACAAUCCACCAGUUGGCUGAGUAGUCAUUGAGUCAGAGAGAAAGACAGCACAGAAACAGGCCCUUCAGCCCACCAAGACUGUGCCAACCAUCAACCAACCAUUUACACUAAUCCCACACUAAUCCCAUUUUUUAUUCUUGUCACAUUGUCAUCAAAUCCCUCAGAUUCUACCAUUUACCUACACACUAGGGACAAUUUACCGUGGCCAGUUAACCAACCAACCUGUACGUCUCUAAGAGGAAACUGGAGCAUCCAAAGGAAAGUCUCGUGGUCAUACAGAGAAUGUGCAACCUCCAUGCAGACAGCACCAGAGGUCAGGAUUGAACCCGGUUCUCCGAUGCUAUAAGGCAGCAACACUACUGACUGUGCUAACACGUCGAGUGUGGCCUUCUUCACAAUGUUUGGAACAGGUGACAUUCAGCAAUCAAUUGGCAGAUUUAUAUACAUUGAACCAAAGCAGAAUUUUCAAUGGUUGUGGGACUUGACCUAAGCAAGUAAUUGCACAUGUUGGUGCUUGGAGUAAAGUUACCCGUCACAUUAAAAUAUCAUCACUGAUGCUCAGGGUAUCAAUUCAAUCUACUGUUUCACAUCAGCAACUAUUGAGAUAAAGAAGUGAAUAAUUCUGUAUACUCGCACGGUUUAAUUCCAGCUAUUAUCACCUAGGACUUGAUAGAUAUUAUUUUUUAGCAAGCAUUAAUUUACAUCUGUAAAAUUCCUUAUGGAUUUGUUGAAUGUGGAGUAGACCUUAAUUUGUCAUGUCAUGAAUUUCCAAUGUUUAUAUCACUUUAUAGACAAUAACAUUACAGUUGCAGCAAUAAAUACUUUGAAUUCCUGGUCCCCAAUGCAACCAUUUGAGAAAGACAUUAUUCACUUGAAUAUCCUGAUAGUUAACUUUAAUAUUUCUAGUACUUGAUAUAUUUAGCAUCGUCUUUUUGUAUGUAUAUCUGUAUAUUUAUAAAUGUUUUUAAUGCAUAACAGCAAAUAAAUAAUUAAU